AUGACUAACUCUGACUAUACACUUUAUCAAUUCCCUACUUCCCGUCCCACCCUUGCAGCCCUUGCUAUCCGAAAAAACACUGUUUCCACCCUUGGUAUUUCCUCACAUUCCACCUCUAAUCUUUGCAUUGUUCAAUGUAGAGAUAGUACGUCUAACAGAAAGAUUUUCCUAAUUUCCGUAUAUAUAGAACCUCGACAUGACCCAUAUAACACUUUAGCUAACUUAGAACAGUUUAUUUUAUGUAAUAAUAACGCCUCAUUUCUAAUCUGCGGGGACUUUAACGGAUGGCACGGUUUAUGGGGUUCUAGAGCUAACAAUGAUAGGGGAGAUCUAAUCUUUGACCUUAUCUGCAAUAAUAAUUUCAUCAUACACAACACAGGCAACUCACCAACAUUUCACACAGUCACACACCAACUUCCACGCGAAUCAAUCAUAGAUCUCACACUCACUAGUAAUUGCUCACACAUUCAUAUUAACAAUUGGUCAGUUAAUUCGGGUUUAAUAGUCAGUUCAGAUCAUUUUCCAAUUACUUUUAAAGUUUCGUUUAAUAAUAUUGCAUUAACUAAAAACAAAAAACUCUCUACAUUUAGAUACAACACAGCCUUCAUUCGUUGGAAGGACAUACAAGACAAAUUUGCAGAUGAGGUCGGGAGGGAGCUCCCCUCUGUAGAGACCAUAAACUCUGCGAACUCACAUGACCUAGACAAUAUUAUUAAUAAACUUACCUCGACUUUACAAAAGACAUGCGACAAGUUACUCCCCCGAUCCCGUCACGCCCCUCCCAAAGCUCCCUUCUGGAAUGAAAACCUACAGUCAUUAAAGGAAAAGGUUCUACACGCACACCACAGGUUAUGUCGAUUCGUACGACGCAAACUACCCCUUAAUAACGUUAUCGUCGAGAGGGAUAGAGCUCGAAGAGAGUAUUCGACUGCUUUCUGCGCCGCCUCUACUGAACAUUUCAGAGAAUUCUGUACCAGACAAACUAAAGAGGAUGUCUGGUCGGUAACCAAUCGUUUAAUUAAAACUAAACCCCUCUCUCAACCACCCUCUACCCUCCGUCUUAGUGAUGGUUCCUACACCUCCUCCACGCACGACACUGCUGACGCUCUAAUAAGAAACUUUUUCCCCGACGACUCUAAUGACGUAACUGACGCACAAAUAGCUACUAGGACAUUAAUGAGUCAACCUAUUAACACGCUUCCCGAACCUAAUUUUACCUUUAUUGAAAUACUUAAUGGACUCCGACAAAUGAAUCACAAAAAAGCCCCUGGAAUUGACCACUUGACCUCUGACAUAUGUUUACAGUUUGCUACUUGUUUCCCCGACUUUAUUACAACUUUAUACAAUAGAUGCCUUACUUUAUUAUAUUUCCCUCGUCCCUGGAAACACGCCGUAGUCAAAAUCAUCCCUAAGCCCGGCAAAGAUAAUUACUCUCAACUAUCCUCCUUUCGCCCUAUCGGACUCAUUAAUGUUCUCGGAAAAUUACUCGAAAGACUUAUAAUUGACCGACUUACCUUUCACCUUAAUCGACUACGACUCAGCAAUCCUCGACAGUUCGGGUUUAAACAGCAGACUUCCACUUCUAAAGCUAUCAUUACAGCUUUAGAUUUAAUAAGAUCUAAGAAGGCACGCGGGGAGCACGUUAUCGCUGUGUCCCUCGAUAUCAAAGCCGCGUUUGAUAACGCGUGGUGGCCUGCUGUUUUCGCCCGACUACGACAUUAUGACUGCCCUAGCAAUAUAUAUUAUAUACUCCUCAAUUAUAUACAAAAUAGAACAGUAGGUAUCGACUUUUCCGACAUAUCUGUGACUAAGACUAUGCGCAGGGGUUGCGUGCAGGGUUCCGUAUGUGGUCCCACUAUGUGGAACCUAAUUAUGGACGAACUACUUGACAUUGACCUCCCCACUGGCUGCCAUAUUCAGGCCUACGCUGACGAUGUCCUACUCAUCACUCACUCAUCAUCCCUCUCCGACUUACAGACUAUAACUAACAAUGCACUUGACUUAAUCUAUAACUGGGGUUCAAACGUUAAAUUACGCUUUGGCCCUGAGAAGACAACCCUAACCGCGUUCACCAAUAAAGCAAACUCAGUUAGCGUUAUCAUGAAUAAUGUACAGUUAGAAUUUAUAGUUCAUGGUUUCCGCACUCUCAGCACUAUUACUUCUAUUUCUAUAGCUCAACUCAUCCCUCUCCCUGAAAAGAUAAAGUCCGUCGCAACCAUCGAAACCUCUAAACACCUUGGUUACUCCUCUUUCCUUCCCUCUGAUAUUCCACUAGAAAAACCCUCUCCCCCGUCGUCUCUAUUACAUCCGUCCCUUCGCACCCCUAUCACCUUCACCGAGAUUAGCUCGAUGGAGGAAUUCUCAUCCCUUAGCAUAAAUUAUUCCUACCAUAUAUUCACAGAUGGCAGUAAACACGAUGGCGUUGUUGGCGCGGCAUUUGUGGCAUUUGAUCCAUGCGAAGUUUACGUCACUAAAAAAUUUAAAUUACACCCCUCCUGUUCUGUAUUUCAAGCUGAAAUGCUUGCAAUCCACAAAGCAUGCGAGUGGAUUGCCUCCAAUAGUAAUAACAUUAACUCCUGUAUCAUUUUCUCAGACAGUAAAUCUUCUUUACAAGAAUUAUCAAACCCAUAUUCAUAUAAUACUUUUGCCGUUAACAUCUUUCACCUCCUACAUACUUUAUCGUCUAGUAAUAUUAAUGUCGGCUUCGCAUGGGUCAAGGCACACAUAGGCAUAGCUGGCAAUGAGAUCGCUGACAUUGCUGCGAAAUCUGCUGCCUCCCUUCAUAAAUCACCUGACUUUAUCCACACCCCUAUUUCCCACAUUAAACUCCGUUUACGCGACUCACUUAUGGACUCUAGGAAAUCAUUCUACGAACAACCCCUUACCUCUUGUCAUACUAAAAAAUACCUUCCGACAUUUGAUGACCUCUCCGCAUUCCUCUCCCUGGUUUCCGAAACCCCAGCACACAGGUAA